AUGCUGUCCAAAAUAUACGUGAUAUUGCUUUUGGUAUUUUGCGUCGCAUCUCGGAAUUUCACCAACGAGUACGACUAUGUGAUUGCAGGUGCGGGUACUGCUGGGCUGCUGCUAGCGAACAUCUUAUCCGAGGACCCCAAUGUCAAGGUCUUGGUACUAGAGGCAGGUUCCGACUCCAGGAAAGAAGCAAAUGUGACGGAUCCAGAACGGCGAGGACUAUACGACAACGGUACCGGAGGAUCCCAGUACGUGCCGCGAGGCAAGACUAUUGGUGGAACGAGCGCCAUGAACUGGAUGAUACAUAACGAAGACUCGCGUGUCCAAUUGGACAUAUGGGAGAGUGUCCUCAAUCUGACCGGCUGGAACUGGGAGUCCAUGUCAACAGCUUUUCGAGAGUCUGAAACUAUGUAUGCUCCGUCUACGGAUCUUGCAGAUGUUCUCCCAUACGAUGCUUCCCUGCAUGGAGGCGCCGGUCCCAUUGAAUCGACUUUCCAGCGCAGUGUGUACACCUUGUACUCCCAGUACGUGUCGCCAACACUGGAAUCGCAAGGCUUCACGCCCACGCAUGAUGGGAACAACGGGGAUGCCAACGGACCCAACUUCCUUCCUUUCGCAAUCUAUCCAUUCAACUACACGCGCUCCUACGCGGGGUCCGCAUACACAGCCGUGGAGUAUCGACCGAACAUGGAGGUCAGAACAAAUUGCCAGGUUACCGGGAUAACGUGGGCAUCUACAGGAGCCAACGUGACCGCGUCUGGACUAAAAUACGUUCCUGCAGACGGAUCUACGAAUCAAACGACUCAAGUUGCUGGUCGCGAAAUUGUUAUUAGCGCAGGGGCUAUUCAAUCGCCUCAAAUUCUCGAGCUGAGUGGCAUUGGUGAUCCAGAAAUCCUACAAGCCGUCAAUGUCACGCCCGUGGUCAACCUCACGAAUGUCGGCACCAGUCUACGCGAUCCUCCAAUGACCAACUACUGGCCCAUACAGUUCAAGAUCAAUAGAUCUGUGAACUUGACCGGUAACGAAUUUAUUCAGAACUUCAUCGACCUCGAGCCAGCAUCCAAGAUUCUCUCUCCUGCAGAUUACUACGCAGCAUCGACAUGGUUGAACAGCACAACCACAAUUCCCGGAUUAGGAGAUGCACAGCUGGCAGUGUUCAAAGAACUUUGGUACACCAACCAGCCACUCAUAGAGUUUGCGUGGCAGUAUAAGACGGCAAACGUUACGCCUUACUGCCUUGUGCCGCUUUCGCAAGGCACAGUGCACAUCAACUCUAGUGAUCCACUGCAUCCUCCAGCCAUCAAUCCGAACUACAACGUGGUCAAUGCGACUAUUAACGGAACUGUCGUGCAGUGGGAUAUGUGGUUCCUCGCAAAAGCAGCUCAGUACUACACGGAGCUACUUGCUACCUCAGCACCUAUGAGCUUGAUAGUUACCUCCACGGUACCAGAUUACAACCUGCCCUUCGCGGAGUGGUACGAAGCCAUCUUCCAGCAAACCGGUUCGUCACAGCAUUUGACGGGCGGCAACCCAAUGCUAGAGAGGGAAGCUGGCGGUGUUGUGGAUACGGAGUUGAAGGUCUACGGGACGAACAACGUCAGGGUGGUUGAUGGAAGUGUUUUCCCGUACCAACCAAGUGCGCAUCCGAUGGGGGUCACAUAUGCGCUUGCUGUUCGUGCGGCAAGAAUUUUCCAGGCUGGUAAGUAUACGGAAACUACUGAUCUACCGUCGAGUAAUGCGAGUGCAAACGCGACUGCAACGUUCCCACCGGGUGGAAGUGGGAGCGGGAAUGGGUCAUCAGUCACUACUGGGGUUCCAUCUUCCUACACAGGUGGGGCGAAUAUAGUGGGUCUUGAAAGGCUUGGGUGGGGGAUGUUCAGCGCGUUUGUCUUCGCGAUCAGCCAGUUCGUGUAA